CCUGAUGGGGAAUCGAGGUGACUUCUUGAUGCAUGGGAGAACCCUCAACCAACUGAGCCACACUAGGCUGGGCUAGAUUCUACUUUUAAUGAGAAGAGUGCAAGUCACAUGGCAGAAAUUGUGGCUACAAAAAUGUGAACAAUUAAGGCCAUUAAUGCAAUCAAUCUACUACAGUUAAAUUGCUUACAUUUGGACACAGAACCUGGCUGGAGAUCCUGGCUAGAACCUGGCUAGAGAACCUGACUAGGCUGCUGAUCAACUGAACGCUGUGUUUGUGUCAUUCCUUCUUCACCGACUCCGUCCACACCUUUGGGAACCCCUGGACCUGCUGGGGCUGGACCCCAACAGGGAAGCACAUCAGCGCCACCAGCGCUGACAGCCAAGCCACACAGCAGCUCAGCGUUGGACCAGGAUCACCCAGCGUGAAAGUCUGUGUCCGUGAGGAGGCUUUAAUCUCAUUGCCGACACCGGACCUAUAAAAGGAGGAGCCUUGGGAAGCACAUCAGAGCACAUCGCUGACAGCCAAGCCCCACAGCAGCUCAGCGUUGGAUCAGGAUCACCCAGCGUGAACGUCUGUGUCGGUGAGGAGGCUUUAAUCUCAUUGCCGACACCGGACCUAUAAAAGGAGGAGCCUUGGGAAGCACAUCAGAGCACAUCGCUGACAGCCAAGCCCCACAGCAGCUCAGCAUUGGGCCAGGAUCAUCUAGCGUGAACGUCCGUGUCCGUGAGGAGAAUGGCAUCUCAAGACGAACCAGCCAGGAACGGUCCCCGGGCAGAAAACUUCAAGUUUAGAUCUCGCGGAGGACCCAUAAACCAGGAAGGAGAGGAGGCGGAGAAAGUCGGCUUCCCCAGCCCUGGACUCAUCUCAUUGAACAAGGGCAGCCGCGGGCUUGGGAAGGCGGAGCUGCAGGGCAUCUUGCGGUCUUUCCGCUCGUGGCUGCAGCCAGACACGCACAGUAAGCAGCAGAUGAUUGUCCAACUGUCAGUGGAGCAGUUCCUGCUCAACAGGCCCAGCAGCGAGAGGGCCGCAUGGCGGGAGAAGUGGGAGUCGAGUGGCAGAGACCUGGAGGCGUUCAUGGAGCACCUGGGGGAUGAGGACCUGAGGCCCCCCAGCUUGGUCCAUGUCAGCAUGGGGGAGCAGGAAGCCCUGUUCUCGGAGAACAUGCCCACGGGACAGAUCCUGGCCCAUCUCCAGGAGCAGCGCUCAGCAGCAGCCGCCACGGCGCUCACCCCGGGGACACCCUUUCCGACUCCCCCAGAGACACCCCCACCAGCAGCACCAGGAGAUGCAGAUGCAGAUGGCGACAACCUUUCCAGUCCAGACCGCCAACCCCCCUUUAGGCUCAUCCUGGAGGAAGAGAGUCCUCAGAGGCCCGCAGAGGGCAAGGUGUCCGGGGAGAGUCCACGCAGCUUCGGUUCAGCAAGUCCGGGCGCCCCCACUGCCCAGGAAGAGCCUCCCCGAGAGGAGGCCCCCCGGGAGGCGGGGGGCGCCCGGAAGCUGUACCGGUGCGACCGGUGUCCAAAGGUCUUCGAGUACCUCUGUCGGUUCCAGCUGCACCAGAGGAGGCACAACAACGAGCGGCCCUUCGUUUGCGCCACGUGCGGCAAAGGCUUCUUCCAGGCCUCGGACCUGCGCGUGCACGCGCUGAUCCACGCGGAGGAGAAGCCCUUCCGCUGCAGCCGGUGCGACCGCGCCUUCAGCCACCAGACCAACCUGCGGGCGCACGAGCGCAUCCACACGGGCGCCAAGCCCUACGCGUGCGCUCAGUGCGGGAGGACCUACCGCCAGUCCUCCACCUACCACCGCCACCUGCGGAUGCACCAGAGGAAGGCCUCCCAAUCUGGAGCCAGCUCCUCUCUGAAGUGACUCUCUGUUUGGAACGGCAGAAAGUGUGACUAGCAGGCGCCUAUCUGAUGCUUCAUCUCCCUCUGGACUGUCAUCUUCCCGGUACUGCCCUGGAGGCACCAGGAAAUCUGAAAGGAAAACAUACUUUGCCUGGAUCAAGUGAGCCAACCAGCAUGUCUUACAGAGCCACUCCUCCCAGAACCCUGUGGAAGCCAGCUGGAUUGAAUGAGAGGAGCCAGUGUCAGUGCACCUAGAACCAUUGAAUUAUGCUCCACCUUUUCCAACUAUAAUUUAUAAAGCUUAAUUACAUUUACUUUUAAAGUAAUUAAAGAGCUUACCUAACAACAACAAAAAAAUUGCUUACAUUUGAAUACUGGCUCUGCCCCUCACUAUCUGUGUGACCUUGGCAAGUUCUCUGACCUCAGUUUCUUCAUCUGCAUAAUGAGCCCCUCCUUGAAUUGUUCUGAAACCAAAUACUUUAAAGAUACAAAGUACAUAGUAAAUGUACAGUAUCACUAUUCCCCAAUUUUUGGUGCAGAUAAUGUGCCCGGCCAGAUGCAUAGUCCUACAGUGCUUUACAUAUCACCAAUGGAUACCAGGAUAUCAGUCCAUCCCCCUAUAUGGCUUAAAGUGCUAAGUAGAUCAUGACUUCAAUAAUUCAUGUCUGAAAAAUUAUGUUUGGCAAAAUUAUGGAGGCAUAGUUACUUAUGAGAGCAACUAUACAGGUAUAGGUUUAUCAGAUGAGCCCUUUUGGGUUUAAGUUCCUUCAGUUCUCUGUCUCUCACCAAGGUGAACUUCUGCUACAGGACCUAUGGACAUUGAAGUGAGAUUGUUCAUGAGUAUGGGAGCAGGUGCAGUUAUCUAACUGUAAAGUCAUGAUGCUACUGAGGACUAUAUUUUGUAGCGUACCAAAGCACCUCCCAACUUACUGAUAGCCCUGGUCAAUGUGUCUCUGUGCCUAUCAAUGUUUACCUCCCUCUCCCUUCCUCUCUCUCCAAAAUCAGU